AUGGCGACAAAUUUAGCAUCACCCGAUUCGAAUCAGUCAUUUCCCCUCGCCACCCCAUCAACCGGUACAUUACUCCCCACCUCCCCCGACGAAACAUCAAAAAGGGCUCCCACCGUCACCGAGUCCCAACAACCGUCUGAGGCCCCCACCACCACCACAAACGAAUCCCCGAGCACCGGCAACGACCCCGGGUCCGUCACUUCAUUUUCAUCGCCCAGUCAAAGGUUUGACACCUCUGACUUGGCCACCCCCCCGGACGAUUCGCCAUCAUCGCUAGCUGAGCCGUCAAGCGAUUCGCUAGUACCUACGUCAGACCCUUCCAGCGUGCUGUCGACACCGCAAACCCCUACAGCGCUGUCUGCCCCCACGCCAACUACUUCACGCUCAUUUUCUAACUCGCAGACUUCCGAAGUGCUGUCCCCAACGCCAACCCCGUCGACGCCUCCUUCCGAGCUGACCCCAACCCCUUCCACUCCUUUCCUGUCAGAUCCCCUGCCGACGCCAUCCACAACGAUGUCUGAGUCCACUGCGGAUACUCCCCUGUUCACCAAUCUGCCAACGACAACCCUGUUGGAAUCGCCGUCACCGUCGGAGACGCCCCUGCCUCUGACACCAACGACGCCAACCCUGAGUGAAGUGUCGCCCACUCCACUGCCUCUGCCUCUGAUAUCAACUCCCACUCCCUCGCCAUCCGAGACCAGCUUUCCGUCCAGCGAAACGUUUGAUACUUCAACCCCGUCACCACUGGUAACAUCAGAGCCUACAUCAAGCGAGCAACUGACUUCGGAUCCCACGACAAGCUCUUUUGAGUCGCUGACACAGGAACUGUCUCUGGCGACCCUGGAUACAUCGGUGACUGAAGUGUUCCUGUCACUGGAAGUGGAGUCGUCGCUGAUCGAGCUGUCCCUGGUUCAGGAAUCUUCCUCUGCAGAACCGCUGUCUCUGAGUGAAGAAUUCCUGCUGUUCUCUUCCGAGGAGCCGUCAUCCCUGUUUGAGGAAUCAUCCUCUCAAUCAGUAACGUCGCUGGUCGAAAGCUCCUUCUCAAGCGAAACCACUUCAACACGGUCGACUUUCGAAUCUUCACUGACUCACUCUUCAUCAUCAGUUAUUUCCACGACCGAAAGUUCCUCACAGUCGGAGACCACUGAAUCGUCGCAGACGUCGGAGGAGGUUACUUCCGAAACCUCUGAGUCCAGCGAUACAAUCACACUGACGUCUACUGACGACACCUCGUCUACCACUGAAGCCCCUCUCACUGGCCCCACCACUACUAGUAUGACAGGAAACAAGGCUUACACGCUGACAAUCAUCUCGCCCGAUUCCACUGUGGUGCAAGUGGUGUCACUUCCGCUGUCCACCACUAACGACCUGCAACAUAGCACUUCUCUGCGAAACGCCAAACUCAUUGGUGGUUUGGUUGGUCUGAUUGGUGGUGUAUUGGUCAUUGGUUUGUGUGUGGUAUUGUUCAUCAUCCUCAAGCGUCGUCGUAAUCGUGUUGCCAACCAGCUGCCCGAUUUCCACGACUCUCUGUCUCUCGAAGAGAAGGGAUUUAAAAAGUUAUUCAGCAAUCCAGAAGACGCCGAUAUGGAACAUGGCUACACAGACUCGGUAGCUGCCGGCGGCUAUGGGGCUGCUGGAUUUUCGCGGGGCGCUAGCAAUCUGUACCGCCCUGCUGCGGCAUCUGCUUCUGCAUCUGGUUAUGGCAAUGGUCACAGCAAUCCUCCCUACCCCGAGGAUGAUGAGUACGUCUAUCGGGGUGUGGCCAAUCUGAACUUGGACCUGGUGUUUAGAGGACCCAGUACCAAGAGUACUUCAAGAGAUUCCAAUAAAUAUCUCUUCGAAGACCCCCGUGACUCCACAACCGAUGACGACUUCGACUUCAACGACUACGACGACGACCUCAUUACCACGCCGCCCAGGCAACAACAUUCUGUUUUUGGUAAUCUCAAUGGUUCUAACAAUUCUCAAUCUAGAUUCCAUGAAGAGAUAUGA